AUGCACCAGAAAAAGCGAAACCUGAUUUUCCAGCAUGCUCACUCGAACAGAACCCAGCAGAUGCGACAUUCUCGCGAACCUGCGCACUUGCAUUGGGGUCGCCAAGAGGGCCAAAGCCGAGGGCCGCCAUCCGUUUGGGUGCAUCCUGGUGGGCCCGCGCGGAGAGGUGCUCUUGGAGCAAGGCAACGUCGACACUCUGAACCACGCGGAGUCGACGCUCCGUGCUGUAUGUGCGCAGGGUCUGCGUACUGGGCCAAUAUUGGACAGAUCGUGUACGGCGUAGCAGAGACUCGGCUGCUGGAGGUGACGGGGGCUGCCCAGGAGAACAUGACCAUGUCGCUGAGUUGCCGGGAAGUGAUCAAGUCGGGACAGAAACCGAUCCAGGUGGUCGGCCCAGUGGCAGAGCUGGAAGCUGAAAUUCUGGAUGACCACCAGGGGUUCUGGCGAUCGGAACAAUAA